AUGCUGGGCAAUAAAAAGAAAGCGGGAUCAGCUCCUAAAGAUGGAACCAGGACGUCCCAGAAGGCCAUCGAUCCUCUGCGGAACCUGGGAGUCCAGGACGAUGAAGAUGUGAAACAAAUGCUCCAUGGAUCAAAUCUGGUCAAGGUGCGGUCGCCUCGCUGGCAGAAGCACCGGAGUCUUCGUCUGCUGGAGGACGGAGUGACGGUCUGGUGCCAGUCUCACAAAACCUCCAGCCGAGCCAAAGAGCAGCAGUCCUUCUCGGUGCUGGAGGUGGAGUGUGUGCGUGAGGGCUGUCAGUCUGAGGUCCUGCGCCGCGUGGCUGGCUCCGUCCCUGGGAGUCACUGUCUCACGGUGGUUUUCAAAGGGCCUCGUAAAAGUCUGGACCUGCGCUGCGACAGUCCAGAGGAGGCUCAGCGCUGGGCUCGAGGCAUCCGCACCCUGCAGGAGCGGGUCCAGAACAUGACCCAGAAGGAGAAACUCGACCACUGGAUCCAUGCGUACCUGAACCGCGCCGACCAGAACCACGACGACAAGAUGAGCUAUGACGAAGUGCAAAACCUUCUGCAGAUGAUCAACAUUGACCUCAACGAGCAGUACGCACGCAGCCUCUUCCAGCAGUGCGACCGCUCGGCUGACGGGCGUCUGGAUCACGGGGAGAUCGAGAUCUUCUGCAGAGAGCUGCUGCGGAGGCCGGAGCUGGACGCUCUCUUCAUCCAGUAUUCUGCAAACGACUGUGUUCUCUCCACCGUGGACCUCAGAGACUUCCUCCAGGAGCAAGGGGAGGACGCCUCGGUCACCCACGCUGAGAGCCUCAUCCUCACCUACGAACUCAACCCCUGGGCUCAGAAGAACCACUUCAUGACGCCCAACGGCUUCACCAUCUACAUGUUGUCCAAAGAGAACUGUGUGUUCGACCCGGCUCACGGGAGGGUCUACCAGGACAUGAGCCGCCCCCUGUCCCACUACUUCAUCUGCUCCUCGCACAACACGUACCUCACCAAGGACCAGCUGACCGGGGACAGCAGCACGGAGCCUUACAUCCGAGCUUUGAACCAAGGCUGUCGCUGUGUGGAGCUGGACUGUUGGGACGGAGAGAAGGGAGAGCCCGUCAUCUACCACGGCCACACGCUCACCUCCAAAGUGCCCUUUGAUGAAGUUAUUGAAACUAUAAAUGAGUAUGCCUUCAAAGUGUCGCCUUACCCCCUGGUCCUGUCCCUGGAGAACCACUGCAGUGUGGAGCAGCAGACGGUGAUGGCCCGGACCCUGCGCUCCAUCCUGGGAGAUAAACUGCUGACCAAACCAGUGAAGGGCUGGGACCUGCGCUACCUGCCCUCCCCCGAGGAACUGAAGGGAAAAGUCUUGAUCAAGGGGAAAAGUGAGGGCCCAGGAGAGGACCAGUACAGCUCCUCAGAUGAAGAGAGUCAGAGAGGGUCUCGAUCACAGAGAGCAGAGCAGAGGCCGGCGGCCUCCAAACUGAGCACGGAGCUGUCGGAGCUGGUGCUCUACACUCGCAGUGUUUCUUUUAAAGGCUUUGAGCAGGCAGCCAGAGACCCAGAGACCCACCUGUCGUCUUUCUCCGAGAGCGAGGCCCUCAGGCUCAUCAAGGAAACAGGAGUGCAGUUUGUGAGGCACAACAGUCACCAGCUCAGCAGGAUCUAUCCGUCAGGUCAGCGCCUGCAGUCGUCCAACUACAACCCCCAGGAAAUGUGGAACGCCGGCUGCCACAUGGUGGCUCUAAACUUCCAGACUCCCGGAGAACAGAUGGACUUAAACCGCGGCCGCUUCCUCCAGAACGGUCAGUGCGGAUACGUCCUGAAGCCGCCGUUCAUGUGUCGCUCAGACUCCACCUUCAACCCCGAGAACGUGGGCGGGGGUCCAGGACACCGCCCCCUGCUGCUCACGGUCCGGAUCAUUUCCGCCCAGCAGCUUCCUAAACCAGAGUGGGACAAACCGACUUCUAUCGUGGACCCUCAGGUUUGGGUGGAAAUACACGGCGUUCCAAUUGACAACGAUAAGAAAAAGACUCAUUAUGUGGAGAAUAACGGCUUUAACCCUCGCUGGGAUUGCACCUUCACCUUCACGGUCCACGCCCCGGACCUGGCUCUGGUGCGCUUCAUGGUCGAGGAUCACGACUACACUUCAUCCAACGACUUCCUGGGACAGUUCACUCUGCCCUUCACAAGUCUGCGAACAGGUUACCGUCACGUGCGGCUGAUGAAGUCCGACGGCUCCAAUCUCUCCCCAGCUUCUCUCUUCAUCCACCUUCAAAUCUCAAAGGGCAACAGCAGCCGAAGUCCAGGCAGGUCCCCCACCAAGACCCCGUCCACCAAGACCCCGUCCACCAAGACCCCGUCCACCAAGACCCCGUCCACGAGCGCAGCCAUAAGGCAGUAA